AUGAACCAGAUAGAUGACGAGUUGUUGCUACAGCUCAAUGAUCCCGAGGACUAUGAUGAGGUGGAUAACCAUGAGGGAGGGCAACGACAGGAGGAAGAGGAGGACGGAUCUAACAUUCUUGACAGUGAAGAUAUUUGGGAAGUAAUUUCGUCCUUUUUUAGAGAAAAGGGGUUAGUUCAUCAGCAAAUUGACUCCUACAAUGACUUCCUCAUGCGUAUCCCACGAAUGGUCCGCGAGAUCGUUGUGAUUCCCUUACAAGAUCAGCAGUACGACCCUGGCAUGGGGCUGGAGCAGGAGCCCGAUCAGCCUCGCUUCUCACUGGAGGACGUGGCGAUCGGGAACCCCUCCCACGAGCUGUCCCAUUACAAACAAAGCAGCGCACCGCCGCUCUUUCCCAAUGAGUGCCGUCUGCGCGAUAUGACGUACGAUGCCCAGGCCCAAGUCGCCCUCAGCAUUCAGCUCUACCGCCCCCACGAGGACACGCCGCGCCAUACGUAUCUGCAGAACAUCGAGCUUGGCCGUAUUCCUGUCAUGCUCAAAUCCAUGCGCUGCAACCUUGAGGGAAAGGAUGAGGAUGAGCUGCCGCCCCUGAACGAAUGCCCUCAUGAUCAGGGAGGAUACUUUGUGAUUAACGGUACUGAAAAAGUGCUCAUCGCACAGGAGCGCCAGGCCGCGAAUCAGGUUUACAGUUUUUCAAGGCAGAAGGGAUUGCUUUGCGAAGUCAAGUCGAUCGUCGAGGGCUCUUUAAAUAAGCCCCGAACGCUUCAGAUGAUUAUGCAAUACAAGAAUAAAGGACCUGAGAGCGGUUUUGAGAACCUGGUUUGCCGCGUCGCCCAGAUGGAUGAGACCAUUCCGUUGUUUGUGCUCUUCCGUGCGAUGGAUAUGGUGACGGAUAGGGAGAUAUUGCAAACUGUGGUGCCUGAUCUGAAGGAUACCGCCAUGCUGGAGCUGCUGCGAGGCUCCAUCGCCGACGCGAGUUCGCUCCGGAUCUUCACCCGGGAUGAGGCCCUUGGCUACAUCGGUCGCCGCCUCGGUCGCCAGGAUAGCAUGGCGAAUCUCAAGCAGGAGGCGGAGAGUCUUUUGAUGCGCGAUUUGCUGCCGCAUAUGGGCACCGAUCCCUCCGCCAACCGCAAUAAAUGUCUCUUUAUGGGAUAUAUGGUACACAAGCUUCUUUUGGUUGCGCUAGGCCGGCGUGAAGACACCGACCGGGACUUCUUGGGCCACAAACGGAUCGACGUUGCGGGGUCUCUGCUGACCUUCCAACUCCAGAUGUACCUUUCGCAGGUUCGCAAAGAGAUGGUCAAGACGUUGCGGAUGCGCUCCGCGAGCUACAGCAAUCGCUUCAGUUUCAGCAGCAUUCUCCAUAGCAAGCUCAUCACCGAUGGGCUUCGCCGCUGCCUGGCCACUGGUAACUUUGGGGACCUGAAGUCGGGGAACAUCCGAACCGGUGUCUCGCAAACUUUGAAUCGACUCACGUAUUCCUCUUCACUGAGCAACCUACGCCGGAUCCAAAACCCGAUCGCGGCGUCCAGCAAGGCUACGCGUCCGCGCAACUUGCACUGCACACAGUGGGGCUAUACCUGCCCGGUGGAAACCCCUGAGGGGUGUUCCAUUGGGUUGCUGAAAAAUCUCGCGCUGAUGUGUCUCGUUUCCCGUGGGACGGACCACAUCGACGUGGUGCAGACGGUCCAAGCGCGUGUGAACGGGUUUCACUCAAUUGGGCUCGAAGAGAUGGCGGAUGUGCGUGUUGCCCGCGUUUUUGUGAAUGGAUCUUUAAUAGGCGUCGAUCGCAACCCCGAGCGUCUACUGCGCGAGCUACGCGCCCGACGCUGCAAUGGCGAGCUCAGCAACGAAAUCAGCAUUGUGAGGUAUAUUCGCGAUCGCGAAGUUCGCGUCUUCUCCGACGCGGGUCGCUGCUUGCGUCCACUCUUUGUCGUUGAAAGAGGUCAGCUGAAGCUGCGCAAAACUGGUAUGGCGGACCUGUUAGUACCGUCUAGUGUGGCCAACCAAAAACAUGAAAUCUCAUGGAGUCGUGUGAUUAAGAAAGGGUAUGUUGAACUCAUCGACUGCGAGGAAGAGGAUUCCCUUCUGAUUGCCAUGACCCCAGGCGAUGUCAAAAAUAACUACUACUAUUCGCAUUGCGAGAUGGAUCCCUCUAUGAUUCUUGGCGUCUGCGCGUCCAUUAUUCCCUACCCCAACCAUAACCAGUCCCCGCGGAAUACGUACCAGUCUGCGAUGGGGAAGCAGGCCAUGGGGAUUUACGCCUCCAAUUUCAACAUGCGCAUGGAUACAACCGCGCAUGUGCUGCUCUACCCCCAAAAGCCGUUAGUCCGCACCAAGGCGAUGACUUACAUGCGCAGCAAUGAUCUUCCGGCCGGCCACAACGCGGUGGUAGCGAUUGCCUGCUAUUCGGGCUACAACCAAGAGGACUCGAUCAUCAUGAGCCGCUCCGCGGUUGAGCGCGGCUUCUUCCGAAGUGCCUUCUGGCGGUCCUACAAAGCCAAAGAGGAACGGCAGCGGAAGGACGCACUGGAAUCAUUUGAGGUUCCCGAUCGUAGCAUUUGCCACCUGAAGCGCGCGGACUACUCCAAGCUGGAUGCCGAUGGGCUCAUCAAGCCCGGGAUGCCGGUGAUGGGAGGUGAUGUCCUUGUGGGGAAGACCAUCCCGCUUUCCGAGGCCGACCUUGAACGCACGGCGAACUACAACAACCGCAUCACCAAGCGGGACGCCAGCAUCACCUCUCGCACGACCGAAAAAGGUGUCGUCGACAAGGUGAUGUUGACCCUGAACAACAAGGACCGCUACACCAAGGUCAAGAUCCGUACGAUCAAGAUCCCCAACGUUGGCGACAAGUUCUGCAGCCGGCACGGCCAAAAGGGGACGAACGGCAUCCAAUUCCGCCAGGAGGACCUCCCUUUUAACCGCGACGGCGUCGUCCCCGACCUGAUCAUCAACCCGCACGCCAUCCCCUCGCGCAUGACGGUGGCCCACCUCAUCGAGACCCUCGCCGGCAAGGUGGCCUGCUAUAAGGGGGGGGAGGUCUACGCGACGCCCUUCUGCUCGGUCGUCGUGGAGGACUUCGGCAGGGCCCUCCACCAACUCGGCUCCCAGCGCUACGGCAACGAGUGCCUGUACAACGGCCACACCGGCCUGCCCCUGGACCACCUCAUUUUCUUCGGCCCGACCUAUUAUCAGCGGCUGAAGCACUUGUCCGAGGACAAAAUCCACGCCCGCCCGCGCGGGCCGCUCCAGCCGCUUGUCCGACAGCCCACCGAGGGGCGCGCGCACGAGGGGGGCCUUCGGUUUGGCGAAAUGGAGCGGGAUUGCAUGCUCUCCUACGGGUCCUCGCAGUGGCUCCGCGAGCGCCUCUUCCGCGUUAGCGACUAUUACGCCGUCCACGUGUGCAAUAUGUGCGGAACGAUCUGCGUGGCCGACACCAAGCUUAACAAAUACCAAUGCAAAGGUUGCGAUAACGACUCGCGAAUCUCGCAUGUUCUCAUGCCAUACGCCUGUAAGCUGCUUUUCCAGGAACUGAUGUCCAUGACAAUCCUCCCUCGCCUAAAGACCGGGCCACUUUGA